AUGGCCUAUUCAGACCGAGAUGUAACCUGGACGCCGCCUGUUUCAAAAGACGGCAGCAUGUGUGAGGGCGAGUGCAAUCAGGGAGUUCUGCGCAUCUUCCAGAAGACUGACACAGGCGAUGAUCCCGGCAGAAGGGCACGUGAGGGCAGCAUCCAUGGCGGUUGCGACGGCCACAUGGAAGUCCGGUGGAGAGAUGAGCGAGUCUUGGGCGAACCACCACCCCCUGACCAUACCGCGGGCACGGGCGCUGGCCCAAGGAAUGGAAUGUCAUGUCAGUGGCCCCAAGCAACACCACCGGAUGACGCUGCAAUGGUCGAAGAACCGUUUGAUGAUUUGGCUCGCCAGGAAACGAAUCACAGCGCCGCCUCUCCACGAUGCAUCUUGUUCUUCGCCUGCAUGAAACGCCUCUGCGACGCUGCUCGCCCAAUGCUCGCCCGGCCGACGGACCAGCUCCUCCUCGCAGUGCUCAGUUUACAGUCUGUGACCGCGCAGUUGGUGGCUCCUCGCGCCGGACGCGGACGGCCCCCUUUGCUCAGCUCAGCGCGGCCAGCCCUGGGCAGAAAUGCCUGCCAGCCCUCUGCAGAUCCUCGAGGGCGAUCUGUAACCAUGGCGGCAGGGCUUCAUCCUAGCGCAAGCCCCACCAUAUCAUGGUCGGAUAUCGGAGACCUGGCCCAGGUACGCAGCUGCUCGCCGUCAUGUCAUCCACAGUUUGCUGAAGGCGCUCAAUUGCUCCUCUCCCUCACUCCCCCGGCCCAGCGCCACACCCACAUCUCAGGUACGAGGUACCCCAAACGCGGCCUGGCUCUGCUCCCACACCCUUACCCGCACCCUUCGUCGCCCGCCCGGCCCUAUUAUUACACUGUCUGGCCGCCGCCGUGGCGCGUGGGCCCUUUUCUUUUGCGUCCUUCCCGCUUGAUGCUCUCACACCCAAAUGUGGCCGUUCCCACCCUCACUUCGUCACAACCAACCCAACCGACACCACACGCUUCCGUUAGCACUCCCGCCUGCACGCGCCCCCACUUGCACCCCAAGACUAUUGUUGCAUCGGACGCCGUCUGCGGACAGCCCUACCUCAUCCUGCUGCGUUCCUGGGGGAGCAUUACACCAAGCCCAACUCUUCCAGGGUCCUCCACGUUUCUUUUGCGCGCCACGGUCCUGUCACGGUUUGGCUACGAGCCCAGGAGGUCCACCAUCACCUUCGUCAUCCUCAAACGUUGCCAUAUCGGGACACCGCCUGCCGGGUCCGCACAGAAACAUCCUCGUCGCAACGGGCCGAGGAUAUCCUUGCGAGCGUGCCAGGCCAGCGAGGCGUUACGCCGGCUGCUUUUUCCUCUGUCAGGCUCCAUUGGCUGCGCAAGUGAUGCGCGAGG